AAUGAAAAAAAAAUAAGUGGAACAUCAUACAAUAUUGACAACUAUUCCUCCAGCACUCGAUAUUGGAUUUACUGCUGUAACAUCUGUAUCUAAUUUGGUAUUCAUGCUUGAAAAUCCAAAUGAGUAUCCAGUGUAGUUUCAUUUUGAAUUUCAGAGAUUUAAGAUCACUCCAGAUAGGUAUUCAAUAGUGCAAAAUAAAUUAGAGGAUAAUUAGCACCUGGAGCUAAAAUCAAUUUUACCCUGACCUAUGCUCCUUUAUAAGCAGAAGUGAUUGUUGCAUCAAUUAUCUUGCAUAUUUAAUAUGAAUAACCAAGAGUUAUUAAAGUAUCAGGAAUUGGCAAAUAUCCUUUUUUAUAACUUAACACUAAAAAACUAAAUUUUGAAACUCUAUUGAUAGGUAAAACAGUAACUAAAGAAAUCACUAUUAAGAAUUCAUCAGAAGUUACAGCACAAUUCUAAAUCACAAAAAUGAUUGAUGAUGAAUUUAAAGAUAAUGCAUUUACAUUAGAUUACUAUUCUGGAGUCAUUCCUCAAAAAAGCACAUUUUUAAUUAAAGUUACAUAUUAACCUCAAAUUCUCAAUGUUUCUGUUAUAAGAUUCAAAGUUAUAUGUUAAGGUGGAAAUGAAUUAACUUUUGAAUGUGUUGGAUCAGCUAUUGAACAUGCAGUUUAUUUAAGUGAAAAAUCAAUUAAUUUUGGUGAAAUUAAAAUAGGAAACCAAGCAACUAAAUUAUUAACUAUUCAUAAUGAUUCUGAUCUUGGUACUUCAUAUUAAUUUUAUACUGAUAUGAAUAACAUUUUUAGUUUUAAUAAAAUAAGAGGUUUUAUCUAAGGGAAAAGUUUUGAUAGAAUUAUUGUCACUUUUACUCCUAGACAUACAAUUAAUUACUAUGAAAGAGUUUAUUGUGUUGCAAGUAAUUAAAUUAAGUUUGUUGAUUUAAUUGGUACUUGUUAUGAUCUUUUGAUAAAACCGAUACCAUUACUUUAAUAGCAUAUUGACAAUUUUAGAAGAAGAGUUAUUUAAGGAAAGUUAAGUGAAGUAGAUUUCAAAUAUAUGGAAAAUUCUUAUUUAAUGAAAAUAAAUUAAUAAAAUUAAAGUAACCUUUAAGGAGAAUGGUUAGAAAAUCCUAAUUAAACAGUUUAAUAUAAAGAAUUAAUGCUUCCUCCAUCUUCAGAUUACAGAUUGAUUAAAUUUUCUGAAGAUUUUAUAGAUUUUGGUUAUGUAGAAUGUUAUUAAUAAAGUGGAGCUAGAGAAUUAGAAUUACAUAAUCGACUCAAUUGUAAAUUAACUGUAUUUUGGACUAUCUAAACUCAUCCUACAAUAAAUGGAGAAAAAGUACCAGUAUUUACAGUAUCUCCAGAAACAUAAUCAGCUUAGGCAAAUUCAAAAUGCAAAUUUUCAAUUAGUUUUAGACCAACAAAAUCUUCUUACUACUAUUUUUAAUAUAUACAAUUUUUCGCAAUUAAAUAUAAUCCUAAACUUACCAAAAAGAUAUUAGAUUCAGUUAAAAAUAACAAAGGAUCAAUUUUGAACGAAUCAUUUGGGAACAAUGCAAAUUUAAAAUUAUCUUAAACUGGAAUAACUAAUCAAAAAAAUCCUGUAGAUUUUUAAUCUAAAGAAAUGAUUCCUACAUUUAGUGGAUAAAUUGGAUGUGUUGGACAUUCUUUUGGAAUUAAUUCUCAACCUUACAUUCCUAUAGUAGAACUUCGACCAUCUAAUAAAUUAUACUUUCCACCUUGUACAAUAGAAGAGUCAGUUUAUUAAACAGUUGAAUUCAUUAAUAAAUCAGAUACUCCAAUUUAUUUUAAUUUUAGCCCUGAUCCAACAAGAACAUUUAGAGUAUAUCCAAACUAAGGAUUAAUUUUUGGUAAGUCUUCGUAAAUGAUUAUUGUUGAAUUUGUACCAAUUCAAAAUAAAGCUUAUAACCAAACACUGGUUUGCCAUAUGAAUCAUUAAUCUUCUAACUAGAUAACUCUCUAAGCUAUAGGAUAUUGCUCAACUCCUUCGUUGAAAUUAUAAAAUGAUGGUAAAGUUUUCUUUCCACCAUCUUUUGUUGGAGUUUAUUCUAGAUAAAAAUUCACAGUUCAUAAUGAAUCCAGAGUACCUAUGAGUUAUUCAAUCGAUGUUCCAGAGAAAUACUAGAAUGAAUUAUACAUUGAACCUUCAUCUGGAUAGAUUAAACCAAAUGAAGUACUUCACUUAGAUUGCCAAUUCGUACCUUAUAAAAGAGAGAAAGAAUAUAGAAUAAAAGUACCAAUGACUGCUACUGAAAUAUUGGCAGACAAUUAAAAUCUCAUUGGAUACCAUAUUCCAGGCUCAGGAAAUCAAGAAUUUCCUCUUGAGCAAAGAAAACCAAUUGAAUUAUCAUAUUAAUUCGAGAUUUUUGGAAAAGGAACUGACGGAGACCUAAAUCUUAAUGUUAAAUAAAUCGAUUUCAAUAUUAUAAAAGUAAAUUUCAAUUCAAAAUAAUAUGCAACCCUGAUUAAUAACUCAGAUUGCACAUUUUAUAUUGAAUUAGUUCUUAGACCCAAAAGCAAGGAUAAAGAUAAUGUUGAUCAUUAAAUGAUUAGUCUUAUUAAUAGAUCAUUUACUUUAGACCUAUAAAAUGGAAUUAUAGCAGCAAAUUCUAAAUUAGAUAUUGGAAUUAUGUUUAAUCCAAUUGAAGUAUGUGAAUUUGAUUUAAUUUUGGAUGUAAUAGCAACAGAAAAGAAUCCAAAAGCACCAAAAGGUCCAAAUUUUCAGAAUCGUAAAAUUGUAUCAUAGAAAUGCAAGUUAUAGAUUAAGGCUAAAGGAAAUUAUCCUUUGUUGAAGAUAGCAGAUGUAAGGAACGAUUCAAUUAGUGUUGCUACUUUAUGGGAAAACUUUUAAAUCAAUUUAAUUAAUACAGAAUUAGCAAAAGAUUUAAAUGAAGAUGAAUAGAAAUUUUUAAAAAUUGAAUAAUUGACAUUUGACUAAGCAUAAUAAUUAUAGAAGAGAUUGAGAAGUUAUGACUGGAAUUUUGGAUAUUUACCAUCUAAACCUUAAGUAAAAUCUAGAAAAAUAGUCAUAACAAUAUAAAAUAUUGGUGGUACUGAUUUAGAAUGGUAAUUUAAAUUACCAUCUGAUCAUUAAAUUGAAUUAGAACCUUGGGCUGAUCCAGGAGAACCUACAGAGGAAGAUACAUUUGAAAAGGCAAUAUUAGAAAAGAAUAUAUUUUAAAUUAGACCUAAGGGUGGUGUUAUCCCCCCAAAAUGUUUUAAAGAUAUAGAAUUAAUCUAUACACCUUGCAAUUUAGAUGAGGAACUAAAAUCGAAAGGUAUUUCAAAUGAGAGCCAUUUUCUAAGAGUUGUAUUGUAAAUUUUAAAUGGCAAACCAUUAGUUUUAAAUUUAAAAGGAACAACAUUAGCUCCAUUAGAAGGUAGAUUGGCAGUAAAGAAAAACUCAUUUGAGUUACCAGACACCCCAGUAGGAUUAUUGUAACCUGUAAAAUAUCCUAUAGAGAUAUAAAAUGUAGGAAGUUCUAAAGUAUCUUAUAAAACACUAGUAUAAGAGCUCGAUAUUGAUGGAGAGAUUAUUGAUUCUUAAUUUAAUGUAUUUGAUAUUUAGAAUCCAUAAGGAUCACUCUUACCAAAUGAAAAAUAGUAUUUAUAUUGUCUUUUUAAACCUUUGGAAUAAAAAAUUUACUAUUUUGAAUUAUUGGUUGAAGUAUCAGAUAUGGUAAAAGUGAUUUAACCAGUGAAAUUAGCAAUUCAUGGAAGUGGAUACGCUAAUUAACCUAAAACUUAGAUUUAAAAAUAAACAAUAGAGAUUCCUAGAUAGAGAUCGCAUUAAUCUCCAAUAGGAUCAAAAGUAUUCUUUUCUUUGGAAGAAAUAGAUUUUGGAGAAUUAUUACCAUUAAAAUCUGCUCAUAGAAUGAUAAUUUUAUACAAUUAAUCGAAUGAUCGUAAAUUUGCAUUUGAUUUUGGUGUUUCUUAAUUCACACUUUCCAAUAAUAGACCAGGUCUAUGUUGUGGAGAUGAAUUUUUGAUAGAGCCUAUCUAAGGAGAAUUAGAAGCUUAAUCUUUUAUUGAAUUAAAAUUAACAUUGACAGCCGCUUCAACUCCUUCAGUAUAUGAAGGUGAAUGUGAAUGUACAAUAAGUUGGGAAAAUAAAAAUUAAUAAGUCAAUACUUCUUAAAUAAGUUAAAAUUCUCAAGUAAUUACAGUAGAUAAAGAGACUUUGUUUUUAAGAAUAAAGAAAAAAUCAAGUUUAAAUGUGGAAUUAGUAAACUCAUUUAAAUAACCACCUCCUCCAAUUCAUAAUGCUAUGGCUCAUCCUUUUCAAUAAUUAUUAGGUUAAAUAAUCACAGAAGUUCUCACUGAUUCUCAUACAGAUUAAAUACUUAAAGCAUUAGAUUAAUAACCUAUAACAUUAUAUUAACCUGAGAAAUAACCAAAAAAUGGAGAAUAUAUAUAAACUGAAGAUUUGUAAUAAAAAUUAAUUAAUAAUAAAUUAGAUCAAUCUAGAGAGAUUAUAAAGAUUAUAAGACGAUGUUUUUAGAAGAUGAAUUCAUAGAAUUAACUGAUUUGAUAAUGGAAAACACUUUCUUUAACAUAAUCUAAGAAACUACAAGAAGAGAAUGUGAUUUAUUACGUAUAUCUAAGACUUUUGUUACACCUGCAAACAAGUGA